AUGGAAAGUGUUAUCGAAGAGCUUCGGAACCUAAAUGAGCGCUUCACAGCUUAUGUUCAUCGAGUGAAGCAGUUGAAAAAUGAAGAAGAUGUCAUUGCACUCAAUAAUGCUAUAUGCAAUCUUGAGGAAGAUCUAAAACGGUUGCGUACGUCUUAUGAAUGUCAGAUUAAUCAUCUCACUACAACUCUUAACAUUUUAAUGGAUGAAAAGAGGCAACUCGAAGAUGAACUCCUUGCAAGAAAAGAAAAUGAUACGCAUUUCAUGGACAGAAUAUCAAUAGAGUCUUCUAAAAAUGCUAAGCUCCUACUGGAUAUCAGCGCUCUAAAAAGUGAUGUCUCUGAGAAAACUAAUGAAAUCGCAGCUCUUAAAUUACGCAUUAAGGAAUUGCAAAUAUCUGGUAGUGAUGGGGAUUCAACGAAGUUAAAACUUACGCAAGAGAUAGAUCUACUCAAACAAAAGCUUUCUUUGUCAGAAGAUUUACAUACCUCAACUGCCAACCAGCUUCAGAGCGUCUCAAUGAAAUUGAGCUCUCAGGAAAAGUUUGCUAAAGAGCGCUUAAGUCGCAGUCAGCAUAGAAUGCAGUGGUACAUUUCUCAGUUUGCGGCGAAGGAUUCACAAAUUGAAGAGGCUCGUAAAAAAGAGGCAUCUAUCCCUACUAUCAUUGCAAAGCUGCGCCAAAAAGCACAGGAUGAACUCACUCGUUAUAGUCAGAAGAUUUCAGAUACAUACAAAAAUUCUAUUAAAACUUUGCAAAACCAGUUGUUGCUAGAGAGGAAAGAAAAUCGACAACUCCGAACCAAAAACUUGGAAAGUGAUCAUCAGAUGCUGAACUUACAACAGGAAAUCGCUGAACUCCAAUCAAAAGUCCAUAGUGCUGCACGUCAGAGUGAACUUUUACAAAGUGCGCUAGAGAGUUUAAACAAGGAGAAUGCUCAUUUAAGAAGUAGUUACGAAGAAAAGAUUCAGGAGUUGGAGUCUACGAUUACUUCAAGUGUCUCGAAGGUUGAGUACAUUCAUAGUAGUGAGGACAAUAUUUUGAAGGAAAUUACAAGACUUAAGACCAUGUUAGAAAGAGAAGAAGAACGUCUCAGUUUGCCUUUACCUGCUAAAAAAAUUCUACUUGCUGAUGAAAAUGAAAAGAACAAAAAAGAGAAAUGCUUGAAAACCGACAAAAUUGAAUAUGAUGAUUUGUAUGAUGGAGAAAUAAUUUCACGUUUAGACUUUGCAAUUUCACCAAAAGUUAAUGAACCUUUAUUAAUGACAUCGGAAGUUAACAACUUGGAUAAUUCACUUAAUACCAAUAUUGAACAAAACAAUGAAGAAUUUAGAUAUGAUAAUGAUAACUCUGUUGAUGAUUCUAUUGUACAUACGUUAACUGACAGAGGAGUUACAAGUUCAGUGAAUAAUCAUACAACAUUCAAUUUAUCUAAAUCAGGAUCUAACGCUAUUGGAUGUUUACAAAUUUGUGAAAUUGAUCCUAACGGAAAUUAUUUACAUCUAUGGAAUUCCAACACUAGUCAGGAAUUAGAUAUUGGCUUAUAUAAAAUAUGGCAAAAAUAUGGUCAAGAGAAAAUUAAUGAGUAUACUUUCCCACCUGAUACUCGAAUAUCUCCGCGUACAGUGUUCACUUUAUGGUCGAAUAAUGCUAUCAUACCGUCAACAAUUCAAAAUACAAAAAAUGAAUUUCGUUGUCCAAAUGUUUCUAAAUGGAGACAUGGUCCUAAUUGUAUAACAAUUUUAUCAAAUGCUUAUGAUGAGAUUUUAGCUUGGCUUGCCCCGUAUACACGAUGUUUAACCAGCCGUGCUGAAGGGAUAAUUUCUUACAAAAUUAUACUUCAAAUGGAUUGA